CAGACAAUCUCUCAAACGCGAGAUGGAAUCGAAAAGGAGAGAUUAAACACAUUACACACACACGAAUACGAAUACGAAACGAACCGAAACGAUACGAUACGAUACACCCUUGAAGAAACAAGAACAGCACAAAUUUGUUUCGCUUCUGAUAUCUACAUAUUUAACGCUGAAGUUUGCCUCUAAUCCAGAGAGAGAGUCCCAUUUCUUCGAUUCUCACUGCCAUCUUCUCCCUUCCUCAUAUCUUCCAAGAAAUUAACAAACGCAAUUUGGAGGCAGAAAUGGCGGAUCAACUGACGGACGACCAGAUCUCCGAGUUCAAGGAGGCCUUCAGCCUCUUCGAUAAGGAUGGCGACGGUUGCAUCACGACAAAGGAGCUUGGUACGGUGAUGAGAUCCCUGGGGCAGAACCCAACGGAGGCGGAGCUCCAGGAUAUGAUCAACGAGGUGGAUGCUGAUGGGAACGGGACAAUAGACUUCCCCGAGUUUCUGAACCUGAUGGCUCGGAAGAUGAAGGACACGGAUUCGGAGGAGGAGCUCAAGGAGGCAUUCCGUGUCUUCGACAAGGAUCAGAAUGGCUUCAUCUCUGCCGCUGAGCUGCGCCAUGUGAUGACCAAUCUGGGCGAGAAACUGACUGAUGAGGAAGUCGAUGAAAUGAUCAAGGAGGCCGAUGUCGAUGGGGACGGCCAGAUUAACUACGAAGAGUUCGUUAAGGUUAUGAUGGCCAAGUGACACGCCUGGCCAUCUCAUCUCUUAUGGUUACGAUGCCCAACUAAUGCCCGCCGGAAAGGUUUAUUUUUAAAAUUAUAAAUAAAUAAAUAAAGAGUGAAAGGUUGUAGCGUUUUGUAAGUUUGGACAGUUGAAUAUUUCUAUAAUAUGUUGGGUUGUAGUUGAGACAAAUUUUGUGUGUUGGAUUGAAAGAUUUUAUUAGAUUUUUACUAUUCAUUUUAUUA